AUGCAAUGGAUGUGGGUCAAUGGAGCUGGUCCGUUUAUGACUAAUGGGGAAUUUAGAGAGGUGACAGAGUCUUCUUCAGCAACGGAAAGUGAUUUUGAGACUAUGAUUAUGUUUAACUUAGACAGAUUAAAUGAGGAUAGACCUGAGUGGCUAUGUGGGUUUGCAUGGGAGCGAGCCCAAUACUCUGACCCAAACUCACUUCACAACCCAAUCCAUGCCUGGCUCAGGGUUAGAAAACAUUCCUACACACAAACUGUAAGUCUUGAUACGGGUUUAGACACAAUCAGGCCAUCAGGUGUUGCUGAUACAGACUUGAGUUUUUCUUCACCUACAUCGGUCAGGUUGGAACCUGGUGUCUUAGGUUACUUGGGUUGUGAUCAGGAGCUCGGAAAUUUGUUUAGUUCUUCAAGAAAGAGGAUUGGAACUAAUCUUGGAAGAUUUGGGAGGAACAUCCAUCAGAAGUUGAUGUGUGGGUUUUUCACCAAGGAAGGUGCAGAGAAGCAAUCUCAAACAGGAACCGUUCAGGAGGCAGGGAGGGCAGCGGCAUCAGAUCAGGAAGGGAGAGUGCAUCAGAUCAGAGCAGAACAGGGAGGCAGAGUGUAGCAGGGGAUUGACAGAUAAUUAUCAAGAUUGUAAAUAGUAGAAGCAGAAAGUUUCAUAGAUAUGGUACUGUUUAUGAGGGUCUAACAGUUCAAGGGGGGGAAGGUGUUUUUUGGAGCUAUUAGUAGUAAUGCUCAGACGUCAAGCAUAGCCUCCUGCAGUGCUGACAGCAAAGAGUCAAGGAUUUCAGCAGAUUUUGGUUCUUAGCAAUAGCAGAAGCCUUAUGCAGACUUAUAGGCACAAUACAGCUGUUGAUUAGUUAGAUAGUACUAGGCUAAGUGAUCUAAGGUUUUUAAACCAAAAUGGUAUUUGCUGUGAUGUCUUUUGGGUUCCCACUGUGAUUGUAAAUGACUUGAGAGCUGUAGCUUGCUUGGCAACUCGUGUGCCAAUGCAUUUUUGUUGGUUUUCUGCAGCUGGUCCUACUCUUUUGUAAUAUAACUGUUGUAAUAUUUUCUCCCUUGAAAGGUAUGGAAAAAGGAUUUUGAAAUACUAA